AUGGCCCCCCGAGGCUUUGAGGACGAGGAGCUCACCAUAUCCCUAUCCUCGUCACACGUUCGUCGCCCGCAACAGACGCAGCCCCAGUCGCAGUCGCAGCAGCAAGACGAUUCACACGAUGCCCCCCAAGCCGCUUCCCGUCCCGCCGAUGCGCCGCUCAAGGAAAGGAUCAAGACCGAACAGCGCAUCGGCGCCUACAAGGUCCUUCGAACUCUGGGUGAAGGUUCUUUUGGCAAGGUCAAGCUUGCUAUUCACAACGGUACUGGCCAGCAAGUGGCCCUCAAGAUUAUCGCCAGGAAGAAGCUCAUCAGCCGCGAUAUGGCCGGCCGUGUUGAGCGCGAAAUCGAAUAUCUCCAACUGCUACGCCAUCCUCACAUUAUUAAGCUCUUCACUGUCAUCAAGACGCCCAAUGAAAUUAUCAUGGUUCUCGAGUACGCGGGCGGCGAACUUUUCGACUACAUUGUUCAGCAUGGCCGAAUGAAGGAGCCCGAAGCUCGUCGAUUUUUCCAGCAGAUGCUUUGUGCUGUCGAAUAUUGUCACCGCCACAAAAUUGUUCAUCGUGACUUGAAGCCUGAAAACUUGCUGCUUGACGAGAACCUCAAUGUCAAAAUCGCCGAUUUCGGACUAAGCAAUAUUAUGACUGAUGGUAAUUUCCUCAAGACAAGUUGUGGCAGUCCAAAUUAUGCUGCCCCUGAAGUUAUUGGUGGCAAGCUGUAUGCAGGCCCUGAAGUAGAUGUAUGGAGCUGUGGAGUGAUUCUCUAUGUUCUUCUGGUCGGUCGACUUCCCUUUGACGAUGAACACAUCCCCAGUCUAUUUGCCAAGAUCGCAAAGGGUACAUACAGCAUACCCCAGUGGAUGCCCACUGGUGCAGCCAACCUGAUUAAGAAGAUGCUGGUGGUCAAUCCUGUGCAUCGUGCUACAAUCGAAGAUAUCCGGGCAGAUCCUUGGUUCACAACCGAACUCCCCGUCUACCUUCAACUCCCUGUUGAAGAAUUCUUCAACACUGGCGUGGAUCCUAACAAGGCAAUCAAGAAGAAUGAUAUCGCUCCGAAUGCCUCAGAAAAGGUUCAAGAGCGCCUACACAAUGAAGUCACCGAGAAGAUCAGCAAGACGAUGGGUUAUGGUAAGAGCGACGUCGAGGAGGCGCUGCAGGCUGCCGAGCCGUCCGCCAUCAAGGAUGCCUACAUGAUUGUGAGGGAAAACAAAAUGAUGCAAGUGAACCAUAACUCCGAAGCCCUGCUAGCAGAGCCAGAAGGGUCAAGUCCCAUGCUCAGCAUGUCAUCAGCCCGUUCAACAACCUCGCAGGCCACUACCACCCCUCGGCCAUAUGUGAGCAAGGUUGGUAUCCUGCCUUCUAGCUUACCGGCCUAUCAUAAGGACUAUAUGGAGCGUGAGAAAGCUGGUAGUGUCGAAAACUCGCCGCCCAAGGUCCUUAUCAACGAUGAGCCUCAACUUAACAGGACAGAUGCAGAGAAGGAAGAGACAGCACGCCGCCUGCGACCUCAUUCAAGGAGUCAGCUGCGUAUAGACGAAGCCAACACUAGGCCCCAAGGCAUGACACCUAUCAACCCUCCAAAGAAGACCAAGCCAGUGCGUUGGCAAUUUGGCAUUCGAUCACGCAACUCCCCCUGGGAAGCCCUCCUCUGUAUCCACAAAGCGUUGUACAAAUUAGGGGCCACAUAUAUUCCUGACGAAGAUUACGAGUCGAGGACAGCGGAAGAGCGAGCUGAAGCUUCUGGCGACAGCAGUUUUGUGGAUUCUCAUGACGGUUACCGCGGUUCCACAUCAAGUAUCGACCCUAAGAAGCGUUAUAAUCUUCCUGCUGACCCUUGGCAUAUCAACGUGCGCUGGGAUACUUCUGCUAUCAAGAAGAAGGCUGGCAAUGCACCCAGCGUGCCUAGUACGCCCAGCUCGCCCAGUACACCAGAUGGCCAUCACGCCAAGGAACCAUUUGUUGCGCUGCACCUGGACAUACAGAUCUACGAAAUGGAGCAUGGCGUAUACCUUGUCGAUUUCAAAUGCUCAGGAUAUGAGACAGCCCAUGGGCGGCUGCUUGAGGAGAAGGACGUUACCAGCCCCUUCCCGUUUCUAGACAUGGCUGCCAAGUUGAUUAUGCAGCUUGCAGAAGCCGAUUAA